UACUGUGAUAGUGACUGGAAAGGGUGAUGGGCUUUAGUAGUGACCAACGGUGGAUUGACAAGUGCUUUUUCUUGGAGGGACCUUCAUUACCACCGUUACUACCUUCCUAAUUUAUGUCUUCAUUCUCUGCAUGUCUGUUUCUUUUUACUGGAGGGACGUUUAUGCACUCGUGUCUGGGUGUUUUUAUGGCUGAUUGAGAGGGCAGUAGACGUGGACGUGUCACCAUGGCGUUUGGUGCGGUGUGGAGCCGCGUUAAAAAUGUGUGCCAACAGAACGGCCUCCUCAUCUUGUCAGUGUUGGCAGUGGUUAUCGGAUGCCUACUGGGCUUCUUUCUGCGCUCCAAACACCUCUCUGAACAGGAGGUGAAGUACUUCCAGUUCCCAGGGGAGUUGUUGAUGCGGAUGUUGAAGAUGCUCAUCCUGCCUCUAGUGGUUUCCAGUUUGAUGUCUGGUUUGGCAGCACUGGAUGCUAAGUGCUCCAGUCGACUGGGCAUCAUGACAAUCUCUUAUUAUCUGUGGACGACCUUUGUGGCUGUGGUGGUGGGCAUCAUCAUGGUCAUCAUCAUUCACCCCGGUGGAGCUGCCCAGAAGGAGGAUUCGGAGGACAGCGGGAAGCCCAUCAUGAGCUCAGCUGAUGCUCUACUGGACCUUAUCCGCAACAUGUUCCCAGCCAACUUGGUCCAAGCAACUUUUCAGCAAUAUCGCACAAGGAGCAUCCCCAUCAUGAAGCCCAAACCCACCAUUGGUCAGGACGUACUAGACACCACCACCAGACGGGUCUUCAUUUAUGGAAUCCAGGAUGAGAACAGCACAGACAUCCAGAACUUCUCCCUUGACUUGACACCACCUCCCGACGUGGUCUUCAGAACACUUCCUGGCACCAGUGAGGGUAUGAACGUCCUCGGUAUUGUGAUCUUCUCAGCUACUAUGGGAAUCAUGCUUGGAAGAAUGGGACCAAAUGGCAGCGCUCUUGUCAACUUCUGCCAAAGUCUGAAUGAAGCCGUGCUGAAAAUUGUGGCCAUUGUCAUAUGGUACUUCCCAUUUGGGAUUGUGUUUCUGGUGGCUGGAAAGAUCUUGGAAAUGGACGACCCUUCAGCUAUGGGGAAGAAACUGGGCUUUUACGCCAUCACUGUGGUCAUGGGGCUGGUGCUUCACGGCCUGUUCAUCCUGCCUUCCAUGUAUUUCUUCAUUACUAAAAAGAGCCCCAUCGUCUACAUCCGCGGGAUUUUACAGGCCCUGCUCAUCUCAUUAGCUACUUCAUCCAGCUCUGCCACGCUGCCUAUCACCUUUAAGUGCCUCCUGGAGAACAACCACAUCGACCGCCGCAUCAUUCGCUUCGUACUUCCUGUUGGUGCUACUAUCAACAUGGACGGCACUGCCCUAUAUGAGGCCGUGGCGGCCAUCUUUAUUGCUCAAGUCAACAACUACGAGCUGGACUUUGGGCAGAUCAUCACCAUCAGCAUCACAGCUACAGCAGCCAGUAUCGGAGCUGCCGGCAUUCCACAGGCUGGCCUGGUAACCAUGGUGAUAGUGUUAACCUCAGUGGGACUUCCGACAGAUGACAUCACUCUUAUCAUUGCUGUAGAUUGGGCCCUGGAUCGGUUCAGGACGAUGGUGAACGUGAUGGGUGAUGCUCUGGCCACAGGAAUCAUGGCACACAUAUGCAGAAAAGACUUCAUAAAGGAGGGCGAGGAGAUUCCUCUCAUCUGUGAGACCAAACCCAUGAUCAGCAUCCAGCAGAUGAUGUCCUAUCAGAAAAACGGCUGCUUCCAGCCGCCUCCGCCAGGCCCCACGAGGAAACCCGAGCACUUGUCGCCUGACGUAGCCCGGCUCAUGCAGCUGGAGGAGGGCAUCAGGCCCCCUGACAAGAAGUCCCCUCACCUGUCUCCACACCAUUACAAACGAGACCAUAAAGACAAAGACCACUGUACCAUUGACAUGAACGGUCUGGAGACCAAUGUCUAGACUCCUUGAGAGACGCCAGCCAGUUCUCUUUCUCAACCUUUGGAUUUUGUGUGUGAAUGUAUUUGUAGGGAAUUUCACGACGGGAAGCUGAAGCAAUGGGGGGCAGUGAAUCUUUGGACCUACUAAGGGGAUUUGCUGAACCUUUUUGACCCCCGGAUGGCUAAGCUCCUCGCUAAAGUGUGUGGAGGAAGAUCAGUGUACGUGUGAGUGCUGUUGUCAUCGUGUCCUUUUCCUGUGAGCCGCAGGAGAGAAGAACAACAGUCUUCAUGGACACAUUGUCUGUGAACUGUGGAUAUGUGUUGUUUUAUUCCAGUAUGUCGUACAUCAUAUGCUGCUGAGAACUUCUUUUCAUCUUCAGAAAGGUUCUUUUCAAAGCUUUCUCUGUUUAGAUCUGCUCUUUCAAUAACAGAGAGAAAAAACUGUCCCCUGAAGAGGAUUUUGGACACUUGUAUUUGCUACACUUAAAAAUAUCCAGAUUACAGUGCAUUAGAUUAGGGGUUUCAGCUGUUACCUCCACCCAGAGCUGUAGACAACCCCAAAACCACUUAUGUAAAAAUGACUAUAGAGCUUAAAGGGAUAAUUCACCAAAAAUGAACAUUCUGUCACUAAUUACUCACCCUCACAUCAUUCCAAACCAGUAAGGUCUUUAUUUUCGGAAAACAAAUUAAGAUAUUUUUUAAGAAAUCCGAGAGCUUUCUGACCCUGCAUAGACAACAACGCAACUGACAUGUUCAAGGCCCAGAAAGGUAGUAAGGACUUCGAUAAAACAGUCCAUGUAACAUCAGCAGUUCAACCUUAAUUUUAUGAAGAUAAUAACGAAAAAAUAAUGACUUUAUUCGUGAUUUAUUUUCUUCUGCGCAUUCACAAGAGAACCACGUCGCAUGCCAGACCUGUAUAAUUUCCAGACCUGUAACUCUUCAGGAGGCUAAUUUCUAACCCCUGCUUUAGUGUAUAACUUCCUUACACAUUCAGAUUUAGGAACUAAAAUGAAUCCAAACUUUUGUGAAAACUGUGUCAGAAGUGGACUUUAUAGACUCACACAUCAUGCCACAUACUCUCAAAGCCUUACAGAACUUGUAUGGAUUAUUUGUAUGAAA